UGGAGGACAUGUUUUCAUGAAUCGUCUGAAGAAAUCCAUCACCAUCCAUUGUAGUUUUCUAUUUGCGUCUUUUUUUAGGUCGAUUAUUUCAAGAAUAUAACUCCUUUCAAUCGUCAAUGGCGGACGAAGCUCCAGCCAGCUCUGACCGUGGUAGAGGUGGAUUUCGUGGCGGAUUUGGAGGACGCGGUAGAGGUCGUGGUCGCGGAAGAGGCCGUGGCCGGGGUCGUGGUCGUGGAAAGCCAGAAGAUAAGGAAUGGGUUCCUGUUACAAAGUUGGGAAGACUUGUAAAAGAUCUUAAGAUCAAAUCUUUGGAAGAGAUUUACCUGUUUUCAUUGCCAAUCAAGGAACAUGAAAUCAUUGACUUUUUCCUUGGGACUGCUCUGAAAGAUGAAGUCUUAAAAAUUAUGCCAGUACAGAAACAAACCCGUGCUGGACAACGUACCAGAUUCAAGGCUUUUGUUGCUAUUGGUGAUUUCAAUGGUCACAUUGGAUUGGGUGUGAAAUGCUCCAAAGAAGUAGCAACUGCUAUUCGUGGUGCCAUCAUCAUUGCCAAGUUGUCUGUUAUUCCAGUACGUCGUGGUUAUUGGGGUAAUAAGAUCGGUAAACCACAUACUGUACCUUGCAAGGUUACAGGUAAAUGUGGUAGUGUAUUGGUUCGUCUGAUUCCUGCACCAAGAGGAACUGGUAUUGUCAGUGCUCCUGUUCCAAAGAAAUUACUUACCAUGGCUGGUAUCGAUGAUUGUUAUACACAAGCAACUGGACAAACCGCUACCCUUGGUAACUUUGCCAAAGCAACAUUCGAGGCAAUCUCAAGAACCUAUAGCUACUUGACACCUGAUAUGUGGAAAGAAACAGUCUUCAGCAAGUCACCCUACCAGGAAUAUACCGACUAUCUGGCCAAGGCGCACACUGCGCAUCCAGUAGCACCUCGACCUGAACAGAAAUCAUUCUAAGCCUUUAAUGUCAAGUUAUCAUUACUGAAUACACCACCAUGGUGUUUGGCUUCUUGAAUAAAUACUAAAAACUA